CAUUCGGCCGACGCCCAGGAAAAUUCGCGACGCUUCGUCCCAGUGUCGCUGUCAGGUGCACAGCACAUUGAGCCGGCUGGACGCAUUCGCUAGAUACAGCUGACUGACGGAACAGGCAGCACAGUAGACAGUUCGUUUCUGGGAAGUCCAAAGUUUCGACUUGACUGCCUGCCCAAGCACCCAUCUCGUCUGGAUUCGGGAUUUGGGAGAGGACAAAACCACUCUUUUCAAUCAAUCCCAACAGACUGGUCCGUACCGGAUUUUUUUUUUCACACUCGGCUUCAAUCCAAGCGUGGACCCGCUUCAAGCCGCUCAAAAAGUCACGGCAGAGGCAGAGGGAGAGACAAUGCAGCACCCCUGCGUCGGAUUAUGACCUCGAUUGACGACCUCGGCGGCAACGGCCCUCGGCUGCCCACCCCGCCCGUCAACACGGGCAUCCUCCCCGUGCUGCCGCCCGGCGUGGACCCGCCGGACAGCAACUCGCGCAGCAAUGCCGCGACCGCCGCGUCGGCCGCCGGCAUGCGCGCCUUCACCGCCCAGGCCGUCGCCUUUUACUUUCGCGCGCCGGCCAAGGCCUUCUUCCGCAUGCGCGUCGACUACCUCGCCUUUGCGCGCAGCAUCCACCUCGAGCGCCAGCGCCAGCUGCAGGAGGCCGCCGCCGCCUCGUCGCCGUCCAGGCUCAGGGACGUCGCGCUCUGGCUCCGCGGCACCACGCCCGGCGUGCUCACCACCGCCAUCCGCCAGCAGGGCUGGUCCGUCGUGCCGGAGCACGUGCUGCCUCCCUUGAUGGCCAACGUGGCCGUUGGUGCCGUCCUCUACUCGAGCUAUCUGCACAUCCUCGGCCACCUGCACGAGGAGUCGUCUCGCGCCGCCAAGCGCGUCUACCCGCCCCCCUGUCCCCAGGACACCUUUGCCGCCGGCUUCAUGGCCGGCUGCAUCCAGAGCUUCGUCGCCGCCCCGCUCGACGCCAUCCAGGCGCGCUACGACCACCGCGCGCUCGUGGGUGCCGAGACCGCGGCCGCAUCCACCGCCGCCAAGCCUCCGAGCAUGUGGACCUUUGGCUCCGCCAAGCUCCGCGAGAUUGGCCUGCGGGGCGUGUUUGCCGGCUGGAGCAUGUCGCUAGCCAAGGACAGCUUCGGCAACGCCGUCUUCUUCUCCACGUUUGAGUACGUCAAGGCCCAGAGCUACUACAAAUUCGUAAAGUGGUACUACGGGGACCUGAGCGAGGCCAUGGUGGACGUGCUGUCCCGCCGACGGCCCUCGUCUCUGCGCUUGGACUACCAGAAUCUACCCGAGCCGCAGGUCGCUGCUGCCGCCGCACCGACCGUCAUCCGGCCGCACUACGCCAUCGAGCCCGCGUUCCUCCUCGCCGCCGGCGUGUCGGCCUCGAUCGCGCAGCAGGUGGCCGUCUACCCCAUCUCGCAGCUGCAGCUGGAGCACUUCAACCAUCUCGAGGACCUCGACGCCGAGGCGAGGCGGCACCGCGCCAGCCCGGAGAAGCGCCGCUGGGGCAUGUGGCGCGCCUACUAUCGCGCCUACCAGGAGACGUGGGCCCAGUGUUCGGCCGUCGCCAGCUCCGAGGGGAGGGGCAUGGCGUCGUGGCUCUACCGCGGCUUCUGGUGGAACACCCUCCGGCAGGUCCCCAGCACCAGUGCCGGCCUGAUCAUCUUCGAGCUGGUCAGGCGCAAGUACGGCCUCGGCGGCGACGAGGUGCGCAUCACAAAGGACGGUUAUGAUAUUUUGCUCAGCUAAAAGACCGUCUUUUCUUCCUACCAUCUCCUCUCAAUCUUUGUAUUGCAAUUUUGUUUCUUGACUGGCUCUAGAUCGGCGUUGGUCGGUGGAUUGGCUUGCUUUUUUUUUCUCUCUUUAUGUUCAUGACGGACUGGCAUUAGACGUUUUACAGGAUAUACUAUACAAACCACGCAUUUAAUCAUCCCUUGCUUCACCUCCCCGCUUCAGUCCGACCAAUCGUCUUCGACAUCAGCCUCCAUCGCA